UUUCCGUUUGCAUCAUUAAAUGCUUUUUGUAGAAUGCUCUGCAUAUAUCCAUGCACAUUUCUAUUUUGAUGCUCGUGUUCGUUUAGAGGGAAGCAGUGCAUUGGGUUUCUGUCGUAAAUUUGACGAGUUUGGAAAUAUCCUACCGAUUACAUGUCAAGUUCUAGCUUGCCCCUGAAUUGUUCGAUUUCGAAAUCCUUUUGCUUUUUUAUCUAGAUACCCCUACCUAAUCACGAUGCUGCGAUUGCAGAAAAUUCGAGCCUCUCUUUACCCCUUGAUAAACAGCUACUAGCUGAACUCGGGCAUACACCGCCCAGCUUUUUUUUUUUUAAUAUUAUUUGUAUUUUUCGGGUCACUGUGUCCUGCGUGCGUAUGAGGGAUAAUAGGUAAUUGCUGUUGACCUAAUAUGUAAUGCAUCAGCUUCUAAGUUGCCAACCGUAAUGAUAAUCUAAGGAAGCAAUACGGGUAGGACCUAUAAAUACGUAGGAUUGCCUUUAUUAUUUUAGCUGUAGAAGCUUUACAUGUCGUCACAUAAUGAACCUGUUUUCAAACAGCGUGAUGUGUUGAGCAGUCUAAGUUGUGCGGCGAUGCAUAAGGAGACUGAGCGAUAUAGAUGCUAGCAGCUUAAUUGGGCUUUAAAAGUUCUAAAGCAUGAGCGUCAGGGUUUUGAAUUUAUAAAUCGAAGAUGUUUUUGGGAUCUUCUAGUGUGCAAGUGAAGUUAGUCCACAUGCAGUGAAGUAUCAUUUAUAUGACGUUGUAGACCUGGUGCAGUAGUGCAUGGCAAAAAAUGGAUUUCAAGCUUAAAGGAAUAACAUGGGUGGGGGAUUUUUACCAGAAGUUUGAAGAAGUGUGCCAAGAGGUGGAUGAUAUUUUUGGGCAGGAUGCUGUUAAAUAUCUUGGGAAUCAGGUUCAGAAUGUUGGAGAUGGCGUAAAAAGGUUCUGUUCUGAUGUUGUUCAGGAUGUGCUUCCUCCACCUCCCUUGGUCAAUCCUGUGAAACAUGGAUAUCGUUCACUGGCUUUGAACAAUAAUGUUGACUCUUCAUUAGAGUCAGUUGCAGCUGGUACAGUAAAUAAAGAAAGGGCCGAGGAAAACCCUGUCAAUAAUAUCAUCGAGUCAUUCCAUGAUUCUGAUGCAAAUAAUCUUACCAAUAGUCAGCAUGGUCAAGCUUCCAUUGGACUUGACCUUGUAAAUCAAGUCAAUCAUGAAAUUUUGCCAAAUUCCUCUGAGGUGGAAGAUUCUUGCUCUACUCGAGAAGAGGUUAGUGACAAUUCCUUGAGGGAAACUGCCAGUGUCAUGAAAGAAAACUUGGACGUGGGCCUUGUACAGAAUGCUGUCAAAUCAAUCCCUGAGCUGUUGAAUGAGAUUUCUCUUAAUGAGAAAAAACCCCUUGAAUCCUCAGUCUUUAGUGACUCUUUAGAUAGCCUCGCUUCCUCUGAAGUGUUACUGUCUACCAUGCUAAGUGAAGGUUCCUGCUUGUCUGAAUCUGACAGUCUAUCUGCAAGAUCACAAGUGAGCUAUUGCUCUGAAAUUGAUUCUUGCAAGGAACAUUCAGUUGUUGCUGGCUGUACCUUAGAUAGUUCCAUGGUGCUUGUAUCCCGCACAGCGACCCCUAAUGUAGGUGUUGCUGGUCAGUUCUUGACAUCACAGGCUGGACCUUCCUGUGGCAGCAACAAGUCAAUGGAGUUACAUGAGGGAGAGACUUCUGCGUUCAAUGAAGUAAUGCCUUCAAAUAACUUAUUUGGAACUUCGAUUGGGCAUGGAGAGAUAUCUUCUGCUCAGGAGAGGGCUAUAAUAUCAGUGUCAGAGAGUGAUGAACGUCUAGCCAGUUCUAUUGAUUCCAGCAUGGAAGAUAUUCAAUUACGUGAUGAUGUAAAGCUUGGUGAAAGUUGCUUUUUUGUGGAUGAUAUGGAACUGCAUGCUGCUUCCUCCAGGGCCCAAAGGCUUAGAUCAUACAAGAAAAGGAUCAAGGAUGCGUUUGGUCGGAAGAAGCGAUUAGAAAAGGAGUAUGAACAGCUAGCAAUAUGGUACGGAGACAGUGACGUGGAAUUUAGUAAAGGAACAUCACAAACAUAUCUGGACUCCAAGAACCUGCAGGUGCAGAACUUGUGUGAAAUUGAGUGGGAAAUUCUCUUUCUGUAAAUGCUUGAGCUUUUGCUUCUGCCAUCUGUAAACGGUGAAGUGGGUGAAAUCACGCUGGUUCCAUGCAGACCACAAUAAUUAUCUCUUCGGAUGAGUUGCUUUUUGCCCCAAUUAAAGCCGGUCCUUUCGGGAGUAAACUCGAGUUUAGCAUCCAAAUGUUUGUUAAUUCUACCUCCGGGUUUGUUUCUUACAAUUAGGCUCAGAGGUAGUUGUAUUUUGCCAUGUAAAAAAGAUUUUUUUUUUUUUUUUUGAGGUAUACAGAAACCUAAAUAAGAGUAUCGUCCCCAUCUAAUGAGGUUUUAAGCUGGGGAUAUUUGAAAGUGCGUCUGGCUCAGUAAUCGUUAUAUUCUGUUCAAACCCAAAGUUCUAAUGCAAGAUUUGUGUUCUUUGAGGAGCGA